AUGACCAAUGGUCAUUAUGCAAAUCGAUAUCCAUCAUCAUCAUCACAAUUACAAUCACCAAUAUUGAAUCAAAAUCAUCAAAAUCAUCAUCAACGACCGGGUGUUUAUCAUCAUCAAUAUUCGAUUGGAUCAAAUGGAUUAAAAUUUCGUCGUGGUACAAUUGCUGAUAUUGAUGAUAAUUAUGAUAAUAAUAAUUUGGCAUCUGCAUCAACAUUAUCAUCGACAACGACAACAUCUGAAGCCAAUAAUCAAAUACCAUCAUCACAACAACAACAACAACAACAACAAUCAUUAAUGGCUGCCGAAUCAACAAAUGUUGUACAUAAAUUUCAAUUUGAAUUUAAACAUGAACCAACAACACCAAAUAUAAUAAAAAAAACAAUGACAACAGUAUUACCGACUAUUUCGACUAAUCCAAGAACAACAACAACCGGAUCAACCGAAUUAAAUACACGUGGUACAAUUGUUACACGUAGUAUUAAUGAUAAUGGUAAUAUUAAUGAUAAUAAUGUUGGUAAUAGUGGUGGUAGUAGUAGUUUUAAUAAAAAUCCUGGAUCAGUAUUAACAUAUCGUACACAUCAUCGAUAUAAUCAUCAACCAUCAACAGUUACAGUUGAUGAAAUUGUUGAAAUUGGUACACCUAAUGAUGAUGAUAGAAGACAAUCACCGGGCAUUAAUGUUGAUCAUUCAGCCACGGCAUUACGAAACAACAACAACAAUACCCAUCUAAUUAUUGAUAAUUCUGAUGAUACAAUCGAUACUAUCGAUACUAUUGAUAAUAAUAAAAGAAUAUCAAGACGAAUUAAUAAUAAUAAUAAUAAUAAUAAUGGUAAUGAUGAUAAUGUACAUCCAAUGUAUUAUAAAUUUAAUAAUAAUCAUACAAUUCAGAACAUUGUAAUACCAUUACCUGCACAUCGACUAAAUGAUCGAUCAUUAGCAACAGGUGUUAUUGUUAUUAGUCAAGAUCAUGGAUUUCCGCCAUUAUUUCAUACACCAAAUGAUAUAACAGCUUCUUAUCAUCCAUCUAAUCAUUAUCAUCAUCAUCAUUAUCAACAACCACAACAACCUUAUUCACAUUAUUAUCCUGUACAGGAUUUAUCAUCAUCAUCAUCACCGACACAACAACAACAGCCAUUAAGACGAUAUCAACCUGCAACUAUUUCAACAACAUCAGAUAUUAAUCAAUUAUCGGCUGAUAUUGGUAGACAUUUUCAUUAUGAACUUUUAUCAUCAACAAAUAAUAAUAAUAAUAAUCAAAAUCAAAAUCAUUCGGAAAAUUUAUUCGUUAAUGAUGAUGAUGAUAAAACUGUUACAACACGUUCAACAACGCCUAUAUCAUCAACAACAACAACAACAAUGCCUUCCACAACAUCUACAAUGAUUAAUCAUUUUAAUUUACCUUCGACAGAUGAUGAUCAAAAUGAUAAGAAAAAUCCUGAUGAUAAUAUUGUUGACAAUAAUAAUAAUAAUAAUACUUUGACAGAAAAUUCAGAUAAUAAUAUUGAACGAACACAACAAGAUGGCAGCAGUAGUUUUACAAAUAAAUUUAAUUUACCAAAACGUGCAAUUAAUCAACAACAACAACAAAAUCAUCAUCAAUCAUCAUUGAAAGCAAGAAUACAGGUAACAAGACCAAAACCAAAUAUUGUUAAUAUUGAUUUAAUUAAAACAAUGACAACAACAACAACAACAUCGAUGACAAAUCAUAAUCAUGAUGAUGAUGAUGAUGGAGUGGAUAAUCAAUUAACAACAACAACAACAUCGACAACACCACAUAAUAAUUUAUCAGAUGAAGAAUUAACAAUAACAACAUCGGCUACACCAAUUAUGAUUGAUGAACAACAUUUGGAUACUAAUAAUAAACAUCAAAAUGAUUCAUUACCAAUGAUAAUUACAUUGAAUCAUCGUGAAACAUUUGGAUUACCGAAAACAACAACAACGAAAAAACAACAAACAAGUAGAACACAAUUACGUACACAAUCAUUAAAUAAUAAUAAAAAUAUAAAUAUUGAUAAUUUGGAUGAACAGAAUAUUGAUUUAAAACGUACAAAAACAUUAUAUUCAAUCGAUACGGAUGAUGAUAAAAAUCAUAAUCAUCAUCAUAUUGAAAGUUUUACAUUAAAACGUAAAGUUAAACAACCAUCAAUAUCAAUAAUAAUGAAUAAUGAUGAAACUGAUAAUCAUGAUGAACCAUCAUCAUCAUUACCAAGAAUGGAUGAAAAUAAUCAAUCAAAACGUUCAUCAACAACAACAACAACAGUAGUUUUAAAUUCAUUGGUUAAAGAAUUGAAUCAAGCAAUUGAAAAUCGUAUGCGUAAAUUGGUAAAUCGAAAUGAAUCAACAACAACAACAACAAUAAUACCGCCAACAACAACAACAACAACAACAAUGUUGCCUGAAACAACAACAACAACAUUGGAUUCAAAUGAAAGUAAUGAAAUGAACAAAGAUGAUGAUGAAGAAGAAGAAAAAUCCUCAACAACAACAACAACACCAAAUCCAAAUAUGGUCAGUACUGUUAUUUAUGAUGAACCGGAAGAAAUAUUAUCAACAACAACAAUAUCACCAAAUAAUGUUGAUGAUGAAAUGAUUGAUUUAACAACAACAAUACCAACCGGGAAAGAUCUUGAAGAAUGUAAUGAUAAUGAUGAUAAUGAUUCAAAUACCGAAUUAGAACGUGAAGAACCAAUUAGAAUAACAAAAGAAAUUAUUGUUAAUCAUAAUAGACCAAAUGAAUUAAACAGAAGAAAUGUUGUUAAACAUUUAAAUCAUUUUAAUGAUAAUCAUAAUCAAGAUGAUGAUGAUGAUGAUAGUAAUAUAGAAGAUUUACUUACAACAACAACACCAAGAACAUUUUUUCAUCAUCAACAUAAUCAACGUAAAAUGUUAAUGAAUAAUAAUGAUGAUGAACAAUCAAUGUCAGUUACAGGUGAACAACCCCUAACAACAACAACAACAAUUGAUCCAUCAAUAACAACAACAACAACAACAGAAUCAUCACCAACAACCAUUUUUGCAACACCAGCACCAAUAACAACAACAACAACAACUGUACAGCCAACAUCAACAAUAAGGAUAACAACAACAACAAAACAUCCACAAAAUUCAAAAAUAAUUAGAUCAGCAACAGUAUCCGGUAAUUCAAAAUCAUCGACAUCAUCAUCAUCAACAUCAAAUCAAAAACGUGGACAAACAAAAUCAAUAAAAAAGACAACAUCAUCUGCAUCAUCCGCAUCGUUACGAACAAAAUCACGUCAAUCAUCGAAUAAUGGUUUAAAAUCAUUAAAUACAAUCAAUAAUGUUGAGCGUAAUCGAUUUGGUUUACCAACCAUAAAAUCACAACGUUUUAUAUUGAAGAAAAAAGUUGUAUCAUCACCGAUAACAUCGACAACAUCGACAACAACAUCGACAACAUCAACAACAACAAGUAAUCCAAUAAUGAAAAUGGAUUUUACAAUGCCCGAUGUAAUUGAAUCAAGAAAACAUACAACAAUACAGAAAAUGGAUUUACCUAUUUCGACAACAACAACAACUACAUCGACUACUACUACUACUCGUAGACCAACAACAUUAUUGGAAAAAAUUAAUCGUAUUGAAAGACAACAGCAGCCACAAUUAUUAUUAAAACCAUUGAUAAAUCCAUGGAAUAAACGACAAACAUCAUUAUCUGAAAUUGAAAUUAAUGAAAAUCCAUAUGAUGAUAGUAAUCAACAAAAUCAAAAUAAUGAUAAUGAUAAUGAUCAGAUUAUAAUAAGACGUCCACCAGGUAUGCCAAAAAUACCAAAUAAUUUUGGUUUUGCUAAUGUUAUUAUGCCGGAUCGAUUGAUGAUCGAUACUAUCGAUGAUAAUGAUGGUAAUGAUAAUAAGAAUGAUGGGGAUGAUAAAAUAAAUGUUACAGUUAAAUUAACUUUCAAUAAUAAUAAGAAUAAUGAUGAGGAUAACGAUGAUAAUGGGGAUGAUUAUGAUGAUGGCGAUGAUGAUGAUGAUGAUGAAAUUGGUGAAGCAAAUGUACCUGGUAUACCUGGUGUUGAUUAUCCAAUAUUUGGUCAUAUACCUGAUACUGAUUUUGAAUGUUCAAAACAACAAUAUCCUGGUUUUUAUUCUGAUAUGGAAACUGGUUGUCAAGUUUAUCAUAGUUGUAGUUUGACAAGUAUUAUUCGGAAAAGACAAACAUUAUUUAAUGAAAGAGAAUUAUUAAAUGGUGAUCGUGAUGUUGCAGCAUCAUCAAAAUCAUCAACAUCGAUUUUAAUGUCUGAAUCAAAAUUACGAUCAACUAAAUUAAUGCCAUCAUCAUCAUCAACGAUGACAACGAAAAAUCAAUCAAGAAAAACAGCCGAAUCAAUUGGCGGUAAACAUUCAUUUUUAUGUCCAAAUGGUACAAUAUUUUCACAAGAAUAUUUAAUCUGUGAUUGGUGGUAUAAUGUUAAAUGUGAUGAAUCACCAAGAUUUUAUCCAUUAAAUCGUGAUGUUUAUGCAUCUGGUUUAAAUUUAGGUAUUAAUCAUAAUCAUAAUCAUCAACAACCACAACAACAACAGCCAUUAUCAAUGAUAAAAAGUCAAAAAACAUCGAUUAUUGCUGCUGCUGCUGAUUCUGAUAAAGAUGCUACCAUUAUUACUGCUGCCGAAUCAAAUCAACAACCGGUCAUUGUAUUAAAACAUCAUGUGCCACAACAACAACAACAACAACAACAACAUUUUAUAAUGACCAAAGAUACAUCAUCAUUUAUGCCAAUUACAUUUAUACGAUAAAUCUAACAACAAUCCACAAAUGACCAAAAUGAUCCAUCAAUCAAUCCAUUCAUCCACCCUCCUUCCACUCAAUCAAUCAAUCAAUCGAUCAAUCAAUCGAUCAAUCAAUCAAUCAAUCGAUCAAUCAAUCAACAGAUCCUUUUUAUGUUUCAAAAAUCAACUGUCAUCAUUAACAACAAAAAAAAUUGAU